AUGUACUUGGCCAAAGGUAUUGAACCGCAGUGGCUGCAAGCUCACUCUUCUCCUGAUUCUCUUUGUUCUUAGCACUUGUUUCCUUCACAAUGAAAUAAACCAACAUUCAGCUCACUUUGCAAAUCAGAUUACUAGGAAAGAACUGAAUAUUGAAUACAAUAACUUACCACGCAAUUCAGGUCAUCCCAUUUAUGGACCAUUUUCCUCCAGAUUGAUGGAGUUGUCUUGGGUGGUGGAUGGUUCAUUCUAUCAUUUAGAUCUUUGUACUUCGUAAAUAUUCGGUUUCGGAUACCAUACAUCCACUGGGGAUAGUUUCUCUUCACGUGUUGUUUGACCAUUUUUUUGAACGUCUCUUCUGAACCAGUGUAAGCGAAUUCGGACUCCUUGAAACGAGCUAUCAGAGUCUGUAGCUCUGAUGCCGGAUACUCUGAGAAUUUAAUCCAAGUCCCAGUGAUGUUCCUUUUGAAUAUGGCUGAAACUCGCGGCGUGCUUGAGUGGUGAUUAUCCUGCACAUGCCAUUAAAAAUUAUUAAGACUUUUUAGAUGAAGGUGAAACACAGGCGAGGAACAAAGGGCAUCAACCCAACGCCACCACAUCACAGCAGAAAAUCAACCCUCAUCCAAAGGACCAAUAAACACAGCAGCUCCCACUGCGCUUUCCCUCAUCCACAAAUGAUUAAGGCUUACAUAUUUGUUUUUGAAACCUAAAUAAAGAAGCAGGCACUAGUAGUGUCAUAAAGGGUUUACUGACCUGUUGUCGUUAAAUUCCAAGAAGAGGUUGUGACCAGGUUUGACUCCCUUUCCUGGACAUCUUCCUUUUAUUUUUUUGGUGGUACCAAUCACAAGUAAACAAAAGUCAGCUAAUCAGGAUACUUUGUAAAAUCAAACUAAACAAAACAAUGACAGAAGAAGGCUCACUGUUCAAACUUGCACCCUCUGACGAAGGAUCCGCAGUUGAUUGAUGAGCAUCGGAAUCAACCUGCUCUGGUUCUUCUUCCUCAUGUGUAACAGGGUUUGUUCCUCCGUUCUCUGAGUUUCAACAACAGGAACAUGAUUGGUGUUCCUACCUUCUUGUCCUUCUUGCUGACUCUCUUGAACAGGAGGCGGAGAGUUGCUCUGCUCUCUUUCACGAGGUGUAGAAUCCUCCCUCUAGUUCUGGGAAUGAAGGCGUUUCUUUUUCUUUGCUAUCUAGUCAAAGCAGAUUUCGUGAAUUGGGGGAGAAGAAUGGCUAAGAAGAAAAAGAAUUGGCAGAGAAGAUAGGAAUUGGCUUUUAGGUUCCUUUGCCUCUGCUGAAGCGUGAUUCUAGAAAUUAAGUAGGGUUUAACAACUAGCAUUGGUUGUGUAGUACUGUAGUUAUUGUGGUGGAAAUCGGGGUAAAAAAAUCCCGCCUUUUUUAACCAGACAAAGAGCCUUCGGGAUUAGGCGGUGUUUGUUUAUUUUUCUGAGUAAAUCUCGUUGGAGAUAUACCAAAGACCACUUGUUUACAUAUUAAUCCCCUAAAACUUAAUUAUUUUUUGCAAUUAAGGAUUAGUUCAGGGAAUUGGGUAGGGCUACACAAUUAAACGACCUAAUGACAUAAGACAGAACAAUUAGCAAAGCCAGGGAAAUGAAUAGAUUGCAUACAUGAAUGGUCAUUUCAGAAAAAACAACAAGAAUGAACUAGUGAUGCAUCAGAGGCAAAAUUGGUUCAGCAUAUUGCACCAUAACAGAGUAAUUAACAAUCAUGCACCAAAUUGAGGUGAAGGAUUUUCAGGCACCCGAACAGAAUCCCCAUUUAUUCAUGAAUGUGCAAUGAACAAAGAUUAUUUACAUGGAUGUUCGAUUGAUACCCAAUCUCAGAGGGUUCGAAGCUGAUUUUAGGGUGCAUGCAUGUUUGAUUUAGACCUGCAAUUGGAGAAAUCAAAGUGCAUCUUUUUAAAGACUAUGCAUGUUAGUUGAAUUCUGUGUACGAAUCAAAACAAAAGAAAGAAAAACGAACCCAUAUUCUGAAGACUACAGAUAGACUCUCCACCAUCAUUCUUCUCACUCAAUACACCAUCCGCUCCAAAACCCACACCCACCAGAGGAUUAGGCUGCCUGACUCACUUCUACUGUCACUCCAGGAAUUGGCCAAGUGUAACCACUUCCUAAAGCGUAGUAUAGCGGGUUUAGGUUUAAUUAUCAACCCGGGUCCUAGAUUUGAUGACUACUUAGUGAGUUCUUGUUAUCUAGCAAUGAAACUGGAAUGCAAGUCUAAACUACCAAACAAACAAAGCAAGUAAACUGUUGUAUUCAGGUUAAAGAGGUCACCCGGAUAUGGUUCCCCCUAGACUGCAGUUAAGCCGGAUUGUAAUUACCAAGUUCAGUUUCUAUGAUAGUUAUACUGCGGAAGGUUCUUAAACAGCCUGAAGUCUCGACUAAAGGUCUUCAGACCCUCCCAAUCUGAGUCUCUAGCGGGCGACUAACCUCCACAGGAGUAGACAAAUUGAGGCCCUAAGAACAAAACCUCCACUACCGGAGUAAAUCCGGUACAAAAUAGUGAGUUGGUUCCUCGACUAAAGUCACCAACUCCCUACCUUCAAUCAAGGAUACUCUAUUAACCUAGGCAUAUAUUCUCAUUCUAGGUUAAAGCAGAAACAACAGGAAUUUGAUCAGGAUUCAAGUCAUUCAAUCAUUCAAACCUCAAUCAAAUAUAAUCAAUCAUAGAAUCAGUACUUGGGUUCAUACAAUCAAAGCCUAACAUACAAAUCUAGGGUUCUCCAUACCCAGAUGAAUGGGAGAACUACUCCAUGGAGAAAGAAGCAAAAGCAGAAUCAGACGCGGAAUUCAUACUGUGAAGGAUGGAUUCCUUCUCCUACGUUGAUCGGCACUUCUCCAAGCUCCAACUGGCCUCCAAUGGUGUUGAAGAUCAAUCUAGGGCACUUGGGAACUCUUGCUCGUCACUUUCUCUCUCUAGGAAUCGUUCUAUCUCUCAAAAACUCGAAUCCCCUUGACUUGUGGCUGAAAAUCUGCUUAAAAGCAUCAGUGGCCAAAGCACGGUCGAGGGCACGGCCGUGUAAUGCCUCAGCCCGCCCGUGCUUUGGCUAGUGUUAAUUACACUAGGAGAAACACGGCCGUGCUUCGGGGAGGACACGGCCGUGCUUUGGUGAAGCACGCCCGUGUUCUAUCUCAGCCCUGCCCGUGUAAUCAGCUCAGCUCUCGGCAUAAAAAGCACGGCCACCAGAACACGGCCGUGUAAUGAUUUAGGUGUGCCCGUGUUUUGGCUCCAGCUCACCGAAAUGACUUCCGAAUGCCCCGAAACUCGCGCUUAGCCUUCCCUUUGACACCUGGGACCUGAAACAUGACAAAAUAGCACAACCCGGCAUAAAAUAGGCCAAAAGCACACAACUAUGCCCCUCAAACGGAUAAGAACUAGGGGCGCAAACAUGUGCAAUUACAUCGUUAUCACUGCCGCGUCGCCUCAUCUGCGCAACUCGAACCUCCGGCCCAUCGGAGCAACCAGAGGCGGGUGUGUCGUCUCCUUUGCGCCCUAGUUCUCCAAGUGACGUAGCAAUCGAAAGCACCAGCGUCGUCUCCUCCGUGCCCCCCCCCCCCCCCCAAUCUUCCAUCAUCGGGAGCAACUAACGGUCUUGAAAUCCCCUCAAUUUCUAGGUAAGUGAACAAACUUGAACUCCGAUAGGGGUGUAAGGAGAGCGCAGGCAAGAUGACGAAGGAGGAUAAAGUGUGUUUCUUUUU